AUGGGCGACGAAGUUGACAAGAAACCCGAGACCGGUGCAGUGGAGCACAUCAACCUCAAGGUCGUUGGACAGGACCAAUCUGAGGUCUUUUUCAAGAUCAAGCGUUCGACACAGUUGAAGAAGUUGAUGGAGGCAUACUGCGAGCGUCAGGGAAAGCACGUCGGAAGUGUCCGUUUCCUCUAUGAUGGUGAGAGAAUCCAGCCCACCAACACCCCCAACGAGCUCGAGAUGGAGGAUGGUGACUCGAUUGACGUGAUGGUUGAGCAGGUCGGAGGAUCCCUGUAA